UGGUAGCCGGUAACUCCACUUUUGGAAAUGCAGAAAACGACCUACUACGACAACUCGACGCUUUUCGGAGGUUACUCGUACCAAGGGGCCAACGGCUUCGGCUAUGAUGCUCCUCAACCCGCCUUCCAGUCCGCGGCUCACCUCGAAGGCGACUACCAGAGGUCCGCCUGCUCGCUGCAGUCCCUCGGUGGCAACAGCGCCCCUCCCCAGCAGCAUGCCAAGACGAAAGAGCUGAAUGGCAGCUGCAUGCGGCCCAGCCUGCCACCUGAACACCAACCACCCCCCCAGGUGUCUCCACCCGUCAACCCCGCCAACGCCACCAGCAGCAGUGCCACCGCCACCAGCAGCAGUGCCACCGCGCAGCAGCCGGGAGGCAGCGGUGGGGCCGCCAAAUUAGCGCCCAAGACGUACACUCUGUCCACCAACCCCACCCUCAACAAGCAGAUCUUCCCCUGGAUGAAAGAGUCGAGGCAGAAUAUUAAGCAAAAAAACAGCUCUCCAAGCGCAAGUUCAGCUAACGCGGAGAGCAGCGGAGGUGAAAAAAGCCCCCCGGGUUCCGCAGCCUCCAAGAGAGCGCGCACUGCGUACACGAGCGCGCAGCUGGUGGAGCUAGAAAAGGAGUUCCAUUUCAACCGUUACCUGUGUAGGCCUCGCCGCGUGGAAAUGGCCAACUUGCUCAACCUCAGCGAGCGCCAGAUCAAGAUUUGGUUCCAGAACCGGCGUAUGAAGUACAAAAAGGAUCAGAAAUGUAAAGGGCUGGGCUCGUCAUCAGGGGGGCCCUCUCCAACCGGAAGCCCACCCCUACCCAUGCAGUCCUCAGCUGGCUUCAUGAACUCGAUGCAUUCAAUGGCAGGCAACUACGACGCCCCCUCCCCGCCAUCUUUUAACAAGUCCCAUCAAAACGCCUAUGCCAUGUCCUCAGCCUACCAAAACCCCAUGAAAAGCUCCCUCCCAACAAAGUAUGCCAACACAGCACCGGAAUACGACCCGCACGGGCUACAGGGUAACAGUGGCAACUAUGGGACUCCCAACAUGCAGGGCAGCCCCGUGUAUGUGGGAGGAAACUACGUGGAGUCGAUGCCCACCUCUGGGCCGUCCAUGUACGGCCUCAAUCAUCUACCACACCACCAGGCUGGGAACAUGGACUACAACGGUGCCACGCAGAUGUCAGCAAGCCAACACCACGGACCGUGCGACCCCCACCCGACAUACACGGAGCUGGCAGCGCACCAUCCUUCUCAGGGUAGAAUCCAGGAAGCACCCAAGUUAACUCAUCUGUAGUAGCAGGUUUGGGGAAAACUAAAUUACAACUACAAAUAACUAACCCAUGGGACGCUGCAAUGGGGUUGAAAAAAAAUAUGAUCCAGUGGUUUCUUGCCAUGGCCAAAAAAGUGUUGUCUGUUGUCUUUAUCAUUGUGCGUAUUAGUAACAUUCACUUGAACUGCGUUUUGAUUAACGGUUUACUUCCUUGAAUAUUGAGCCCUCCCUCGAAACCAAGUAAUUAAAUAGUAAUAGUUGGGCUUAAUGGACAGCUAACAAGGUGGGAGAUUUAUUACUGUCAGACCUUUUUGACUCGAUGGAACACAUGUUACGUCAACGUGGAAUUAUGUUUAGCCUGCCUCCCUGCAGUCAGCACAAAUGGCUAAGCUUGACUGACGUCAAUAUGUAUUUUUCAAUUGGUGCAAGCAAACCACUGGAUUGUUUUAGAUUACUUCCCUUAUUCAUAUUACCUCUCUUUGGAAAUGUCUCACUAACCCACUGUCCUGUGACAUUUUUUACAUGUCCUCGCCAAACAUUGUGGCUUCAAGGGAAGAGCUCUUUCAGCAUCACACAGAUGCAUAGUAGGCCUACACCCCUACUGGGUUUAUGGUGUUUGGGUUCAGAUUGCUAUGCUAUGCUAGCUAACAUCUAUAAACAAACACAAACACACACACGAGGACAUAUGGUGUUAUAUCAUCGUCACAGGGUAAAAAGGAGUUGAGAACUCUUGAAAACUAUGAUAGGCUCAUUGCCCCCUCCCCCCCCUCUCCCCCUCCCUCCCUACUCUCUCUCUCCCUACUCUCUCUCUAUUUUUCUCUAUCACUCCCUACUCUCGCUCUCCCUACUCUCUCUCACGCUCUCUCUUUCAAUCUAUAGGGUUUACUUACAUUAGCCAUGACUAAUGCGAAAGGCCCACAUUUUCUCAUGUCUUGACUUAACGUGGAAACAGGGUAUAUUUGAACAAAAUGCAUGUCCGGGAACCAAGCUGAAGUGUAGGUUUACACUAAUGCUUUCUCGUCUGGGCAUCAUUGUUGCACUUAGAGUUUACAUUUUGAUGGUUAAGGAAAAAAUACAUCUUAUUUUGGAAACGGAAGACCUCCAAUCAGCGUCUUUCGCAAUGUGUGUUCAAGUGAACAUUCAUAAAUAUAUAUUUAUUUGUUAUAGCCAGUUUAAAUACUUUCUUUUUGUAUUAUUUAUCCCCCAUGUAUUUAUAUCAAGAAAAAAAUGUACUUUUUUAGUAUUUACCUGUUAUAAAGACGUUGUGUUCUUGUCAUUGUAACGAAUUAAUUUUAGUUAUUGUAUUUUAGAAAUAAAUAGUUUUAUGUUACCCUUGUACAUAAAUAAUGUAUUGACUUGUACAGGGGGCGCGAGGACGGAAUCAGACCGUUCCUGCAUAGUCGAGAAUUAGACGAAAUAUAGCUAAACACUUUUGGAGAACUUCCUUUGUCCUUUGUAGCUCCUUUUAUUUCAUUGUUAAGAGUUGUCUGUUGAACAAUUCUUUAAUAAAAUGUUAUGUUAUUCA